UCUAGUUCUAUUCUAUACCUCACCACUCAAAACACUAAGCAAACAAUAAGGAAAAAUCUAAUCUUCCAAUAUGAAGAUGAAGAAAUGUGAAUGUGAGAGAGAAACAAAAAAACAAGAAUUCAAUGAAGAUAGCAUACAAAGUGUAAUGUUCACAUUAGGUACUUUUCUUCUAAUGGUUUGUCUAAAGGGUUUCUUAGUUGAAAAAUGGCGUUCUUAUAUGUUUAUUAUUCUCAAUGUUAUUCUAUUAGCCAUUCUUUACAUGUCUAUGAAGCCAAAUUAUUGGAGUAGUAGAAAUUUAGAAAAUGAAAGCAAUGUUGAAGAAGUGAAAAAUGAUGACAAAGAGAAGAAAGGGGCAUGUGAAUUUUCUCAAGAAAUUGAAGAAGAAAAAGAAUGUUACAAAAAACAGUGUUGGAAUAGUACUGGUAGUUUUCAUCAUGUUGAUGUUGAAAAUGAGAUUGAUGGUGAAGAGAAAGAGGAUGAACAUGUGGAAGUGUUGUCUAAGGAAGAAUUAAAUGAAAGAGUUGAAGCAUUCAUAGCUAUGUUUAGAAAACAUUUGAUUUCAGAUGUUAAACAAGGUGAAAAUUUUAGACACCAAAAAACAUCAAAUUUGGCAACAAAGAUUCAAGUUUCUUGUUGUUGAGAUUUAGGUUCAGAAGAGAGAGGGCUAGAUUUUUUGUUUUGUUUGUUAUUUAGUAUUUUGGUCUGAAUGAUUAAGGAUGUUUUCUCGGUACGUACUACAUUGUUUGGACUCAUACAAAUUGUUUACAUUAUAUAAAAUCCAAAUUUAGUUUAUGCGUUUA